GCCCCGCCGCCGCGGUGGGCCUGGGCGUCGCCUCCGUCGGCGCGCUGUCCCUGGCGCUGCGGCGUCUGAAGGUGUGGUUCCGCACCCCGAAGCGCCCGUACGCCGACGACAGCGUGGGCGCCAGCUACGACGCUUGGACGCGGGACGGCGUCCUGGAGCACUACUGGGGUGAGCACAUCCACAUGGGCUCAUACACUCCCAUGCACGAGCAGAAGGGCUACCGCAAGGAGGAUAGAUGA